CACUUAUUAAAAGGAACAGUUGAAUCAGGAAUAGAUUUUGUACUGUAAUUUGACAUUUUGAGUUUGUUAAGGAUUGUUUGAUAAAGAAAACUGGACAAACUAAUUUUUGAAGGUGGUAAAAUUUGUUUUGCUUAUACUUAUUGAAACAAAUUCUUGAUGCAACUAAAGUAAGAAACAAGACAAAAGAAAUUUCUAUAAGAACCUACAUUUUCUUUUGAUUUCAACUGAAUUUGGUCUAUUCAAAUUCAUUACUUUGAAAGUUAGACAUCAUUUGAAAAAAGGACAAAAUGGAGGUGCUGGUUCUCAGAUUUUCAUUUUUCUAACACUUAGAUAAAAAAAAAAAGGCAACAUUAUCCAUUCAAUGAAAAUUCUGUUUUAAUUCUUUUUAAAUUCUAAUAUGACAUUGUGUUUUAUGCAGAGUUUACAAUUCGUACAGUUUGUACAAAGUUCAUAAAAAAGGGUGUUUGGAAAGAAUGAAAAUAGUUGUGCAUGCAAUUGAAAUACAAAGACCCAAGUUGUAAGAUUUAUUUAGCAUUGAUAAUUAUAACUUUUUUCUUUUCAUUCUUCAAAUAUAUAUGCAGUUAUUGAAUAUUGAUGAAGACAACAGUUACUGUACUGAUGAACAUGUGAAAAUAAUAUCUGUCCAAGGAAAAAACACAUAAAUAUUUUCUGUUGUGCAUUUUGUGUGAGAUGUUGUGCACGAGACACAUGUCACCAUGGAAUCUUUAGUGACAGGAGAGAAGGAUGUGAUCAUACUUAAAGCGGGAUGGGCUUUUAGACAGAAACCAUUGUUUAAAAAAUGGAAGAAGACAUGGCUGGUGGUCAGUCUGGGAGGAAAUCUGAAAUGUUUCAGCAGUAAACGUAACUCUAGUCCACAGAAAACAUGGAACCUUAGACAGGAUCUGGUCAUCAUAAAGUUUGGAAAACAGUGCCGGACAUUGCUUCCCCCACCAGAUGUUGACUGUAAUUGUCUGUUUGAGCUGCAUUUCACUGGAGGAAAAAAACUAAGUCUUUGUGCCAAAGAUAUUGAUAGUGCCAAAUUAUGGAUGCAAGCAUUGACCAGAGCCCAGUCGGACAGGGAGUUGCCCACCCCAAAAUAUUCUCGGAAAAAUAGAACCAAGGAAGAUGAACUGAAGGAAGAGAGUUUAAAACAGAAUGAGAGACAAACAAAAUUAUGGUACAGGUUUCUGUGUUGUGGAGGCAGCAAUCAAGUGAAGAAUUUCACCACACCUAGACCUCCAGAAUCCAAAAGCUCAUGGACAUAACCCUUGUCAAAAUAAGUUCUUGACAAUUCCUCAUCCUAUUUGUUAAACAUAACUUUUCGAAAUUUUCUUUAGGACAUAGUUACUUCAAAGUCCACUGUAUUUUCAUGACAUUGUGGUCUUUGUGAAAACUGUUGAUAUGGAUCCGAUUUGUUUUCACUAUUCAUUACCUUUGUCUAAGGGUGGCCACAAACUUUGAACAAAAUGUAAAUCAUUCACACAUGCUUUUAAAUGCUUGUUUUGGGAAGCAAGACUAAAUUUCCAAUUUAAUUUUGUAGAUAAUGUCAAAUCCUUGAAACAGCCUAAGUACAGAAAAUCAUUUUGAAAUCAGUGAAAACCAUUAUUAGAUUGUAGAGACUGACUUUCUAGAAUUUUUUAUCCUUGUUAAUUCACAUUAUUAAAUCCCAGUGAACACAAUGUUCCAUUUAAUUUAAUUUCUUUUAAAUUCAUAUGUUUACAGGGUGGCCAACCCAUAUGACAUUUUGGUAUCAUACAAAUGUAGAAAAUCAUUGAUUCUGGAAACAUUUUGCUUGUAAUUUCCUGUUAACUUGAAUGAUUUUAGAAAGAUGAGAAAUGUUGAAGACAAAGGUGUCGAAGACGGGAAAAUGAGCGCUUGCCUCAACAUGAAGCAUCUGCCAGACGUUCUCGGUACUUUUCUCGAACACUUUGUUCAAAUGUGUUUUCUAAGAAGCCAUUGUGUAGGUAAUGUACAUGCUGGGAUUUGGGCAAUGCGUUUGAAGAAAGUAUAGAGAAUAUGUGGCAUACACUUUGUGCCGAGGAAAGCAGUCGUUUUCCUAUCCUUGAUGCUAUUCAUCUUAUUGAAAUCCAUCUAGUAAUAAAAAAGUUUGAUAUAAGCAAAAAUGAUACCUGAAUUGAGCUAUUUUUCCUCAUGUGAAAGAUACCGAAAAGUCACGUAGGCUGGUUAUCCUAUGUUUAUAUUCCAGUGAAAUAGCUGUUUUUGUCAGAACAAACAUGUGCAAGAAUGAGUAUGUAAAUGAAUUUUAUUAGGGAUAUUUCUUUCCAUAACAUCUUACAAUUACUAUUUUAUCCCACCUAGAAUGACCAGAUAAUAUCUUAAAGGGUAGUGGGAAAUCCAGCGCCCAGUUUGGUUUAAGCUCCCUCUGAUUUGCAUUUAAAAUUUAUCAAAGCCCUGUACCAGACUGUCACAUCUCCAUAGUAACCUGACAUCACACUGAUGCCAACAAAACGUUACAAUUUAAUUACCAACAAAAUGUUUUUAUUUCAACAAAAAGGACACUCUGACAUAUGUUUUUAUGAUACACAAAAAUGCUGUUUACAAUGAUUUUUGUAAAAUGAAAUGUAAAUUUUUUGACCGAGUUGUAGGCAUUUGCCUCAACGGGCUCAAAUUAUUGUUUAAAUUGUUUUUCCAUCACUGAUAUAAUAAAUCAUAAUACAACCAGAAAAAAAUGUUUGUUACAUUUAUUUUACAAAAUUAAAGCACAUGGAACACUCAAUAACACAUUCAAAUAUAAUUUUAGUAACACAUGUUUUGAAUUUCAACAUGUAUAUACAAUGGCAUUCUUUAAUAAUAAACAGUACAUGUUGUGUAUUUUAAAGCUAUACCAACAAUUCACAAAAAAACCCUCUUAUCAUCAGUAACCUUCUGUGAAAAAAUACAAUAAAGUGUAGAAUGGAUAUUUCUAGUAUCAAUUUUAUUCCUGAUUUAAUAACGAAUUUGCAACUGACACUUCCGCAUUUUAAGAAAUAGUUGGGUUAUAUUCAAAUGGGUACAUAGUAAAACUGCUGUUUGUGUUAUAUAAAUAUCACAUAUACUAGAGUAAGUUGGCAGAUAUUGUGAAUCUGAGAAAUGUAUAAUGUAAAUCAAGGGGAUUGCAGAGGUUGUUUUUCUUCAAGUGUUUGAAAUAUCUGCCAACAUACUCAGAUGUUUGUGAUAUUUGUUUUACUAUUCAACUAGAAUUUUGUCCAUAGAACACGGAUGCCCCCACAUACCACACAAUUUCAUAUAAAGGUCCUUCACCUGAGCAACUUUGAAAGCAUUC